UGGUUUACAACCACAUCAGCUCUAUUUCCUUUCCAUUAAUAGCAAGAUGCAGAGCCUUCAAAACAUGCUGGUCAUCCUUUUCAUUCCUCUGAGCUGUGUGAUGAGUGCAGCAAAAGAAAUCCAAGUGUUUGGAUAUGAACAGAGCGAAGUUAAAGUUUCCUGUCCAUAUGAAGAUGGAUAUGAGUCCUAUAAGAAGUACUUGUGCAGGAAUGAAUGUGACUAUGAUCAUGAUGUUGUGAUAACGACUACAGAAAUGAAGAAGGAUAGAUACUUCGUCCAUGAUGACCAAAAGAAACACAUCUUCACAGUGACCAUCUCUAACCUUCAUUAUACAGAUGCUGGGAAAUACUGGUGUAUGGUGGAGAAGUUUUGGUGGGAUCUCUUGACUGCUGAAGUAAAAGUGGAGGUAAUGCCAGAGUGGUGCUGUGUGAAGACAAAAAAACUGAGCGGCAUUGUGGGACAUCCAGUAAUUAUGCAGUGUCCCUAUCCACCACAACACUGGGAUAACAGGAAGUUCCUCUGUAAGGGAGACCACCGCAACAACUGUACAGAUAUGGGGACGAGUCACAGCAGGUUCACACUGCAAAAUGAUGUUUCUUCCAGCUCUUUCUUGGUCACAAUCACAGAGCUGAAAGCAGGAGAUGCUGCAAUAUACUGGUGUGGUUCAGACUCACAGUGGAGUCCUGGAAACUACACCAAGAUUCAACUGUCAGUGGUCUUCCCAAAGCAGACCAGCACUGUGAGAUCUACCAGCAUUGUGAUCUCUACCAGCACUGUGGUGGAUCCUGUUGGAUCACAAACGACACAUAUCCCUGGCAAAGAUAUUAAAGAUGCAGCGCUCUUACACCCUGUGGUUUUUGUUGUGCUCGCUAUGCUGCUCAUACUGACAUUUGCCCUGUUGGUAGUUUAUAAAUACAAAAGUUACAAAGAGCAUGGAGCUGGAGUUAACAUGAACAGAAACCAAACCAGGGCAGCAGAAGUGGAGGAAGUGAUCAGUGUUGCAGAUAUUUAUGAAAAUGAAGAUGUUGUAGCACGCUCAAAGCAGGAGACCUCCAAACCAAAGAGCACCUGUGACCACAAUGAUGAUGCUGAUGAAGACCAGUCUGUGUACCAAAACUUUGCUAAAACAGAGGAUAUCUACUGUAAUAAAAUGUACAUUAAAGCCAAUAGGAGAUGAACUGCAUACACAUUUGUGAUUAAACCUUGCAUUUUUGGGUCACGUUUGUACCCAAAUGCUCCUGUUUGUAUUGUCUGUUUGUAUUUUGUAUUAACAUACACCUACCACUGUGACCAACCUUUUCAUUGUCUCAAAACAUGUAAAGUGAUUAUUUGCACAGAAUUUUACUAUAAGAUAUAAUUAGUACUUAAAUUCAUUGCUUUAACUUUGAUUUUUUUUUUUUAUAUUCAUUUGGAUUGCUUAUUGUUAAUAUAACAAACUGUUAACAUAACUGCACUCCUUGUAAGAAACUGUAACCAUUUCAGC